AUGGCCUCGUGGCUCGCGCAGGUCCGCCGCAACAACGCCCACAAUGUCUCGACCUUUCGCCGCGCGCCCCUCGCCGAGAUCUCGGGCUCCCUCGGCGACCUGGGGACGCUGCUCCCGCUCAUGAUUGCCCUCGCCGUGCAGGGUUCCAUCGAGCUGGGCUCCACGCUUGUCUUCACGGGUGUCUUCAACAUACUCACCGGCCUGACGUUUGGCAUCCCGCUGCCUGUGCAGCCGAUGAAGGCCAUAGCGUCAGCAGCCAUAUCUGGUCGGGAAGACCCGUCGAUGGGAGUCGUCACCGCCGCCGGCCAGUGGGUCGGUGCCGCCGUACUGGUCAUGAGCGUCACCGGCCUGCUUCGGUGGGCCGUGGCCGUGGUCCCGAUUCCCGUUGUCAAGGGCAUCCAGCUCGGCGCCGGCCUGUCCCUUAUUCUCGGCGCCGGCUCGUCUCUCCUGCAACCCCUCCACUGGGUGCAUCCCGCCCUGGACAACCGCCUGUGGGCCGUGUUCGCCUUUCUGGUCCUCAUCGGCACGCAGCAUCUGCCGCGCUUCCCCUACGCUCUGCUCUUCUUUGUUCUGGCCAUAUUGUUUUCGCUCAUCCAGGUCCUUGCUUCUGACCACAGCCUGCCAUGGUUUCACGUCUGGCACCCCCACUUCUCGCUGCCUACUUGGAUCAGCGCACAUGAUGCCCCGGCCCUGUGGAUGGCAAUCGGCCAGCUGCCGCUGACCACGCUCAACUCCAUCAUUGCGGUCAGUGCUCUGGCUGCUGACCUGCUUCCUGAUUUGCCGACUCCGUCGGUUACGUCUGUCGGCAUGAGCGUGGCACUCAUGAACCUUACCGGAACAUGGUUCGGGGCCAUGCCUGUGUGCCACGGCGCCGGUGGAUUGGCAGCACAGUACCGCUUUGGCGCUCGCAGCGGCGCGAGCAUCAUCUUUUUGGGACUCAUCAAACUUGUUCUAGGACUCGUGUUUGGUGAGACGCUCGUGGACCUCCUGCGGCAAUACCCCAAGAGUCUUCUGGGCAUCAUGGUCCUUGCCGCCGGCCUGGAGCUUGCCAAGGUCGGGCAUACUCUAAACCAAGGCGCACAGGACUUGUGGCAAGAGUCGGCGGACCGGGAGGGCUCUUCAGUGAUCACCCGGAAGCACCGCAACCUCAGCGAUGCGGAGCGGCUGGAGAGAUGGACGGUGAUGCUGAUGACUACUGCGGGAAUCAUGGCGUUCCGAAACGACGCCGCGGGCUUCCUGGCCGGCAUGCUUUGUCACUGGGCAUAUAGAGCGUCGAGCUGGUUCACGACGUGGAAGCUACGUCGCUCAGGACGUCUAGCGGAACUCAACCCACUACUCCGGUAA